ACUUUUGGUAAUUUAUUUAUUUUUUAGGAAUUUGUCCAUUUUGCUUAAGUUACUGAAUUUAUUGGCAUAAAGUUGUUCCAAGUAUCCCUUUAAUAUCUAUGUGAUUUCAUUAGCAUUUUGGCUAAUGAAAAUUAAAACUUCUGUAUACAAAUGUAGAUGACAAAUAAUAAAUCAAAAGAAAUGUGUAACAUAUAGCAGAAAAAGUAUGUAUGUGCAUGUGUAUAUGUAUGGCAGGAGCAAACAAUCUACUGGCACAGACGGAAUUACAGUACAGUGUGACAAAUACCAUGACAGGCACACAGAGAACACAUAGAAUGGAUACCCAGUCCAAUUUGGGGAGUCAAAACUAUGAUGUCCAGGUGGUAGGUUAGCUUGUCCAACUAUAGGUAAUGAAUAUAAUCAAAUUUAUAGACACAAAAAAGCUGAGACUCAGAUCCCCAGACAUAGUUACUUCAUCAUGGUUACCUACUUGUGAAGGUCAAGAGUCAACUGGCUCCCUUUUCACUGGCACAGCUUUAAUUAAAACAUAAAACACAACUUUGUUUUUGUAAAAUAAUAAAUUACAAAAAACACCAACAAGAUAAAAAGUCCAAAAGACAAAAUGUAAACCACUUGUAUUUUGACUGACCUUCUUCCAGAUAUUUUUGUACACUUAUAUUAACAUAUGUACACACAUAUAUUCACAUUAGGACAGCACUGUACUUGCUAAACUACAUUCUGCUUUUUUUUUUUCCUGAGGGGAAACUAUAUUUUUUGGACAUAUUUUAAUGCAAAUAAAGAACUUUACAUCAGUUUUUAAUGGGUCAAGAGUAUUCCAUUGCAUGUACCAAUCAUAAUUUUCUUAACUAGUGUCCUAGUGAUGGACACUUGUUUCUAGAAGCAUUAUUUUUAAAAAAGGUGGCAAAUAGUAUCCUUAUGAAUCCCUUAUUUUCCUUAGGGUAUAUGCCUCGGAAAUGAGACAGCUGUGGGGCAAAGGCUAAUGCAUAUGUUAAAUUUUGGUAAAUAGGGUUGUACCAAUUUCACCUUCACACCAAAAAUGCCUGACAGUAAUUGUAUCCCACGCCCCUAUCAACAAUGAUAGACAAAAAACAACUGUUUGGAAGUGGGACAACUUUCCGUUUGUUAAUAGAAUAUUUGUUUUUCUUGGCUUUUUGUAUUUUUAAUAGAUGGGAUUUCACCAUGUUGGCCAGGGUCGUCUCAAACUCCUGACCUCAGGUGAUCCACCUGCCUUGGCCUCCCAGCGUGCUGGGAUUACAGGCGUGAGCCACCGCCAUUUCCCGAAUGAUCUUCUUCCUACUGACCAAUAAUUUGUCAUGUAUAGUUUACUGGCUACCACAGAGAUUUCUGGAGUUGUCUGGCUCCAGCGUUUAAAAGUAAUGGUUUUGGGCAACUCUGUAAAAUGGAGGUAACAAUUGCACCUACCUUACAGAAAUGUUAGAGUUAAAUAAGAUAACCUGAAAAAGUACUCCAGUACUUGCCACACAAAUGCUCAGCAAAUGUGAGCUACUGUUAUUAUACUAAACACUCAUACAUACACGAGAAUUUCUGUAUUCUCUAUUCUAUCUCCCAUGUCUCAUCUAUGUAAUCCAUCCAGCAACAUUCCAUUACCAACUCGCUGUCCUUUUUUCCCUCCUCUUAAGAGACACGGUCCUUUCUAAUGGCCCGUUUUCCCUCAUUUCAACAACAACAAAAUCACCUCUCAGUUGCCUAAUAAUAACUACAGCCUGAAAAUCAUAAUCUUGGGGGUAAAAAUAAGCUGUACUUCACAAAGCAGUGAGAAUCAAAGCCCAACCAAGGCACUGAACAAACGCUGGGGAUGGGAAGGUGUCUGUUUCUUCCAACACGUAUUUUGAAAGGCUGACCGCCUACUUUGUUUCAGCCUUUGGAUGAUCAUGGAAGUUCUCAAAAGCUAGCAACUCCUCUUCCAACUAUUGUUUACAGCCUUAAAACAAGUAGUUCCCCAUGUGACCCCAGGUGGGCCCUGAACUUGGGAUAACCAGGACAGGAGACUUGGAGCAGGAGGUGCGGGGGCGAGGAGGGCUCUCUCCCGGGCGAUUGGUCCUAACCCGAGGUUCCCUCGUGGCAAGCUGAGCCGACUCCCCACUCGUGGGCUGAUGCCCAAGGCAGACGCGGCAGGCAGGCGGCUUCGGGAGCGCAUAUCUGCACCCAUGGGGACGAUGGCAGGCUGGCGAAGGGAGACAGGUGGCGGCAGGACUACCAUUUGAGGCUCUCAAAUGGUGUGGGGAAGAGGGAAGGAGAGGCGCGAAAAGGAGGAAAACCCCUGGAGACGCUGUGUCGGGCGGAGGCUAGGGAGACCGGCUUCGCGCUCCAACGACGCGCAUCACUCAGACUCCAAGGCAAGUGCCUGGGGCUAGAUUUUCCGUCCCCUGGGGCUCUGGGGAUCUCUGAGUCCAUCCCAAGGCCCUCCAGGAACGCCUUCGGCAGCGCAGCCCGGCCCCGCCGCUGCCGCUGUCACCCGUUGCCGCUCCCGCCUCGGUUCGUUUGUCUCCUCCCUCUAACGGCUCCGGCAGCAACCGGCGUCGGUGGCGUGGGUGACGUCGGCGUGGGGGGUGGGACUUCCUGCUUCGCGCGCCGCUGGGCCAAGGGACAGAGUCCGCUCCUCCAGGCUGGAGGGGCGGUGCGAUGAGGCGGCUUCUGGGCCAUACGUCAGCACGUGGGGUGGCGCCGCACCCCUGAGGAUCCCGGUCCACGCGGAGGAGUGGGGCUUUUCACCGCCGCCGCCGCCGCCCUCGGACCUCUCCCGGGAUACUUCACAUUUCCCUAGGGACGCGAGCCCGAGGGGUCCGUUCGGCCCUCUUCCUCUCGCUGGGCCGACACCCCGCUGUAGGACCGUAACCCUUAGUCCCAAUGCCUCCGUAAGCGGAGUUGAGUGGGUGCCGGUGGUUGGAGCUGUGGAGGUGUCCCCGGUGGCGAGCGCGGCCAGAACUGCGGUCGCUUAAGUUUUCCGUGUGCGGGUUGCAAGGAGCGUGCGUGCGUCUGAGAUGCAUGAUAAUGUGUCCGGAAUUGGUUCAUUCUGGUGGGUUCUUGGUCUUGCUGACUUCAAGAAUGAAGCUGCGGACCCUUGUGGUAUAGGGAGGACCCCUCUGGAUUGAGGAUCUUAUGACCUACUUUAGAGGAAGGUAUAAUUCGGCCUCCUGAGAUUCUGCCUUAGCAAGAAAGGAGUGGGAAAUACCCUUGGAAAGAAAACUAAAACAGUAAGAAAGCCAAAACUUAUUUUUACAUGGUUGUCAGCACAUUUACCGAUAUGGACACUUUUCCCAAUAAUUUUCCUCCUGGUGGAGACAGUGGAUUGACAGGUUCUCAGUCGGAGUUCCAGAAAAUGUUAAUUGAUGAAAGGUUACGAUGUGAGCAUCAUAAAGCUAAUUAUCAGACACUGAAGGCUGAACACACAAGGUUGCAGAAUGAACAUGUAAAGUUACAAAAUGAACUCAAGCACCUGUUUAAUGAAAAGCAAACUCAGCAGGAAAAACUUCAGCUCCUGCUUGAAGAACUAAGAGGAGAAUUAGUAGAGAAAACUAAAGAUUUAGAAGAAAUGAAACUGCAGAUAUUAACUCCACAAAAAUUGGAAUUGCUAAGAGCCCAAAUACAACAAGAAUUAGAAACUCCAAUGAGAGAACGUUUUAGGAAUCUAGAUGAAGAGGUGGAAAAGUAUAGAGCUGUAUAUAAUAAGCUUCGCUAUGAACAUACAUUUCUCAAGUCAGAAUUUGAACACCAGAAGGAAGAGUAUGCACGUAUUUUAGAUGAAGGAAAAAUAAAAUAUGAAUCAGAGAUUGCAAGACUGGAGGAAGAUAAAGAAGAACUACGUAACCAGCUUCUUAAUGUUGAUCUCACAAAAGACAGCAAACGAGUGGAACAACUUGCUCGAGAAAAAGUCUAUUUGUGUCAAAAAUUAAAAGGUUUAGAGGCUGAAGUAGCGGAAUUAAAGGCUGAAAAGGAGAAUUCUGAGGCUCAAGUGGAAAAUGCCCAAAGAAUACAGGUGCGGCAGUUGGCUGAGAUGCAGGCUACAGUCAGAUCCCUGGAGGCUGAAAAACAAUCAGCUAAUUUACGGGCAGAACGCUUGGAAAAAGAGCUACAAUCAAGCAGUGAACAAAAUACCUUUUUAAUUAAUAAAUUGCAUAAAGCUGAACGAGAAAUAAAUACAUUGUCCAGUAAAGUAAAAGAACUUAAACAUUCAAACAAACUGGAAAUAACAGACAUCAAACUGGAGACAGCAAGAGCUAAGAGUGAGCUAGAAAGAGAAAGGAAUAAGAUUCAAAGUGAACUGGAUGGAUUACAGUCAGACAAUGAAAUUCUCAAAGCAGCUGUUGAACAUCACAAAGUGCUCUUAGUAGAAAAGGAUCGUGAAUUAAUACGUAAAGUACAAGCUGCCAAAGAAGAAGGUUAUCAAAAACUUGUGGUAUUACAAGAUGAAAAGUUAGAACUCGAGAACAGAUUAGCAGAUUUGGAGAAAAUGAAAGUGGAACAUGCUGUCUGGAGGCAAUCUGAAAAGGAUCAGUAUGAAGAGAAAUUGCGGGCUUCACAGAUGACAGAAGAGAUCACCAGGAAGGAGCUUCAGAGUGUUAGGUUAAAACUUCAGCAACAAAUUGUGACUAUUGAAAAUGCAGAGAAGGAAAAAAAUGAAAAUUCUGACCUAAAACAGCAAAUCAGUAGUUUGCAGAUCCAAGUGACUUCACUUGCACAGUCAGAGAAUGACUUGCUGAAUUCAAACCAAAUGCUGAAGGAAAUGGUGGAGAGAUUAAAGCAAGAAUGCCGAAAUUUUAGAAGCCAAGCUGAAAAAGCGCAACUAGAAGCUGAAAAGACAUUGGAAGAGAAACAGAUACAGUGGUUGGAAGAAAAGCAUAAGCUUCAUGAGCGUAUCACAGACAGAGAAGAAAAGUACAAUCAAGCUAAGGAGAAACUGCAGCGAGCUGCAAUUGCCCAGAAAAAGAGAAGAUCUCUUCAUGAAAACAAAUUGAAAAGACUACAAGAGAAAGUAGAAGUCUUGGAGGCAAAGAAAGAAGAAUUGGAAACAGAAAAUCAGGUCUUAAAUAGACAAAAUGUUCCUUUUGAAGACUAUACAAGGCUUCAAAAAAGACUAAAAGAUAUACAGAGAAGACAUAAUGAAUUUCGAAGUCUAAUUUUGGUUCCUAACAUGCCUCCAACAGCAUCUAUCAAUCCUGUUAGCUUUCAGUCAUCAGCCAUGGUUCCAAGCAUGGAACUACCAUUUCCUCCUCAUAUGCAGGAGGAACAACAUCAAAGGGAACUCUCUCUACUUCGCAAAAGACUAGAAGAACUGGAAACAACACAAAGAAAACAACUAGAGGAACUUGGAUCUUCUGGAGAAUGAUGUUCUUGGAGAACAGGCAGAUCAAAAGAGUCCUUAUCACAGGAUCAACAAUACCUUGGCUUAAAAUAGAAGCUCGCAAGAAAUACCAACUAUUUGCUUACAAAUAUGGGGCCAGGCUUCCAAGGCCCUGCUUUAUGCAUUAUGUCACAGCCAUUCCAAGCACAGCAAGCAUUCCUGGGCAGCCAACAUGCAGGCAAGUAUUUCUCCUUAAAUGCAGCAGGCAGGGACAUCCUGGUCAGAGACAGAUCCUUCCCUUCCCUCCCAUCUGGGCAGUGUAGUCCCUCCUCGUGCUUCCCUUCUCUCCCCUGACCCCUGGAACGAGGGAUGCUUAUCAUGUUUAAGAACUCAUUGCCUCUACCCUACCUUAGAGCUUCACUUCAUCUUCAAGUAGCAAAUGGAAUUGGUGAGCUAUUCUCACCAUUGACAUGGAUAGCCUGUCCCAGCAUGAUUGGGGGGGAAUCAGGGAAGGGGGAGUUAACAUUUGUUUGGAAACAAAGCAUCUGAUGAAUGUGUCUGUUUGAAUUUCCAAAGAAAAAAACCCAGAUUAAGGAGAAUUAAUCAUAAAGGAGAAUGGUUUAUUGAAAUAGUCACUUAAGUUAGAAAUAUGUCAUAAUUUCAUAUAACGAUUGAAUACAGAAUCUAGGCAAUUUAACAAGCUUAGCUUUCAUUUUUAGCAAAUUACAAUCAAGCAUAAGCUGACCCCAUUUAAUAGGGCCACUACUUACUCAUCAAAGUUAACUUGAGUCAGGGUGGCUGUAGGCCCCAUGAACUCAAAUGUAAAUUCAGGCUGGUCCAAAUGUGGGCAGCAUGAUAAAACUGUAAGAGGGGCAGCCAUGUACAGGGUCUGGCUCAGUGCCAGGAUCCCCCAUCUCAGACAGGCUUCCUGGCUUCCCUUUCUGGCCUUUUGGGAUGCCAGAGCUGUUCUGAAACUGACAGAAUGCUAUAACCACAUCCUUGUGCCUGAUUCAAAGGUUAAAAACAACAUUAUUUAAAAUCUUACCUC